CGUGUUGAACCUAAAGCGACCACCCGAGGUCCUAGCGCAGUUGGCACACUUGAGACCUCCUCACAAUGCGAGCGUAAGUCCUGUUCUGACGGUGUUAGAGUGCAAGAGUGACCGAAAAUGGCCGAGCACUUGGCUAGCAUCUUCGGCACGGAGAAGGACCGCGUGAACUGCCCGUUCUACUUCAAGAUUGGAGCGUGCCGCCAUGGCGAUCGCUGCUCGCGCCUGCACAACCGGCCGACGAUUAGCCCGACCAUUCUAAUGGCGAACAUGUACCAGAAUCCGCUUUUGAACGCUCCGCUGGGGCCGGACGGGCUGCCCAUUCGGGUGGAUCCCAGGGCUGCUCAGGAACACUUCGAGGACUUCUAUGAGGACGUGUUUGAGGAGCUGGCGGCGCACGGUGAACUGGAGAACCUGAACGUGUGCGAUAACUUCGCUGACCAUAUGGUCGGGAACGUGUACGCCAAGUUCCGGGACGAGGACGCGGCUGCACGCGCGCUGACGGCGCUGCAGGGCCGCUACUACGACGGGCGGCCCAUCAUCGUGGAAUUCAGCCCCGUGACUGACUUCCGUGAGGCCACGUGCCGCCAGUACGAGGAAAACACGUGCAACCGCGGCGGCUACUGCAACUUCAUGCACCUGAAGCCCAUCAGCCGGGAGCUGCGCAAGAAGCUGUUUGGGAGGUACAAGCGCCGGGAGCGCAGCCGCAGCCCACGGCGCGACCGCGGCGACCGCGGGGACCGCGGCGAUCGGCGCGAGCGGGACCGUGACUGGGACCGUGGCGACCGGGACCGCGGGCGGGGUCGCAGCCGCAGCCGCAGCCGCGAGCGGGGGGGUGGCGACCGGCGCCGCGAGACGUCGGAGGAGCGCCGCGCAAAGAUUGCAGCAUGGAACACAGAGCGUGACGGAAGUGCUGGUGGCGGCGGCGGUGGUGGGUGGUGAGGCCUGCACAUGGGCGUGGGCAAGCGGAUGGGAAGGCUGGACGGGGGAGCGGACCCACGUCUGAGCAACUGUUGAGGUGGCUUCGACAUAUAACCACGCUUUCAGUUCGCCUUGGUCAGUCCGGCGGGCCUUCGCAAUGCCUGGCGGCGCGGCAGCAUGAACUGUGCGAUAUUGCGUCAGGAGUUGCAUGCGUUCAAGCGCCCACGAGCCCGUGUGGGGGCUGGGCAUGGCAACCUGAGACGUGUCUUGAGCUCUUCCUGCACACGGACAGUGCGCGAUAUAGCACAGCGAUAGCGGCAAGCGGCUUUAAUGGACUUUGCUGGAAUUCAAUUGCGAUGAGCGGGCGAUGUGGGUGCGCGGCGUCAUGGACGUGAUUGGCGCAUGGCCGGCGAAGCAGUGGGCGGCGGGAGCUGGGCACAGUGCGUCCAUGCGGAGCGUGGGAUGUUGGUUUGCGUUUAGCAGUGUUCAUGUUGUGGCGGGAGAUGGGCCUGUUGACUUGGGCUAGGAUGGGGCUAAGCAGGUCGCAAGAUGGGCUGUUGUGCGAAGCUAGCAGUAACCCAGGCGGACGACGGGCGGCAAUCCCAAAUGUAAGUUUAGUUGUUU